UCGAAAAAUAUUAAAAUUUUAAAAGAAAACAUUCUGUCGAAUAAUAACUUCAUGGUUACAGCAGAAGGCAUUAAAAAAGCUCACGAUGAACGAUUUGCAUACAUAAUAAAUAUACUUGGAUUAAAUGCGUACAUCAGUAACGUAGAAAAGCAUAAAUAUUAUAUGUCGAAAGAUUCUUUUCGUACAUAUAUGAUCGCUUAUCCAAUUAGAAAGAAUUUUCCAUUCAAGAAAAAACUAACUAACACAGUAACUCGCAUGUUUGAAGCUGGAAUAUUUGAGAAAUUGUUUCCUCAAGAAGUUGAAGAUUUCCAAGAAACAUGGGAAUUCCAACCGUUGUCAAUCGAAGACAUUAAAAGUCCUUUAUUACUUAUGAGCGUUGGAUAUCUGGUGUCUUUAAUCUGCUUAAUUUUUGAAAUAAUAUUAACUAAAGUAAUUAAAAUUGUUACCUGUAAUCCUCUUUACUAACGUAAAAUCAGUAAAUAACUAUUAUAAUCAUUAU